GGAUUCGAUGCGUCAUUAAAAAAAAAAUUCAAUGACAUCGAAUUUUGAUUCGUUAGCCAGAAGAUUGAUUACACUGAAGUACACAAUCGAUUGCUUAAAUUCGAGGCGCUUCACCCCGAUUAGACACCCUGAUUGAAACCCGAAUGAAUUCGAGGCGAAAAAUGGGCUAAAUCAAUCUUAAAUUCCAAUUUUUUAUGUUUAAAAUUUACGAUGUUUAGACGGACUACGUUUUUGGCAAAGGCAGCUAGUGUUUUGUGCCUAGUGCAGUCAUGCCGUCAUGCAAUAAUAGUUGGUUGAGUAAUUUGAGUAGUUCGCCUAGUCAUUGCAGUUGCGGAGAAACUUGUUGCCAAACCCAAUUUGUUAGCAACGUAAACAUUGUUUUCAAAACAUGCCCGGAAGCCUUUGCAGAACAAACUUGGUUGCCGAAGAACACAAGCUUUCCUGAAUUGUAAACUUUAAAACCAUUGUUGUGUGUACGUCAAAGCAAUGGAUGGAGCUAUAGUGGAGAGAUCUCGAUCUUCCAAGUGUAGUAUGGAUAGUAAAAUAAGAAAGAAAAAAGGAAAGAAAGAUAAAAAAACAUCUCGAAAAAAGCAUUCCAAAAAGAGCAGCCGUAAACGUCAUGUCUCUAGUUCUUCGGAAUCUUCUAGCAGCUCGAGCUGUAGCUCAGAAUCAAGUAAAGAAGAGAAAGCAAAGAAAAGGAAGAAAAGGAGUAAAAAACACAAAUCAAAGAAAGUGAAAGCAAAUCAAGAAACUCUUAAUAGCCAAGCUGUAGUGGAGAAAAAACCAUUAACUGUACCUGUGCAUACAGUGAAACUACCUAUACCAGAUGUUGGACCACAUGUUGAUUUAAAUUCAUCGAAAAGUAGAGCCCCUAUGACUAAAGAAGAAUAUGAAAAACAACAAAAUACACUGAGAAGGAUAGUAGAUCCUGAAACUGGGAGGAAAAGACUGAUCCGUGGAAGUGGCGAAAUUGUAGAAGAGAUCGUCAGUAGAGAAAGGCAUCAAGCUAUUAACAGAAAAGCAACAAUUGCAGAUGGUAACUUUUUCCAGGCUCAAGCCAACUUGAAAGCUAGAUCGUCUUAUGACUGAGGGUUUGUUUUCUUCUCACAUAAGAUGGAUAACACAAUUGCCUUAAUUACAUGACACAAUUGAACAAA